AUGCAGAAUUUUGAGAUUGAAAAACGAACAAAAGUUUCGAAAGCAUGUGAUUAUUGCAAAAAGCGAAAGUUCAAAUGCAGCGGACAAGCUCCAUGCGAGCUAUGCACAAAAAAGGAUAUCGAAUGCCAAUUCAGUAUAGUAGAUCGACGAACUAUUAGAAGAAAGAAUAAGAAAAGAACUAUUAAACCAAGAGUAGAGUCUACAGAUGAUAUCAGCAACAACAACAACAGCAACAACAACAACAGCAACAACAACAACAGCAACAACAACAACAGCAACAACAACAACAACAACAACAACAACAAUAAUAACAGUGACACCACCACAAACAAUAACCGCAAUAGCAACAAAAAUGGCAAUAGCUUUGAUAACACUUCUAGUACUAGUACUACUAAACAAAACAACAACAAAAAAAACAAGAACACUUCAAAGCAACACUCGUCCCACACUUUUGUUCACAAACCAUUCAAGAAUGAUGGCCAUUUUGACAAGGACACCCUAAAGUUGUUGAAUCAAAAGAGCAAGAUCCCAAUACAUUUCCAGCCAUUAACAAUUUUCCCCUUGCACAAAGUCGACGGUAGUGUAGCAGGCCAACAGGAUGAUAUUGACAACAAUGACGAUGGCAGUACUGCAUCAGAGUCAGGACCAGGAUCAGGACCAGGAUCUGGGUCAGGAUCAGGAUCAGGGUCAGGACCAGAGGUAUUGGCGGAAGGAAUAGCAAAUACAGAGAAAGAGGUACAAAAAUCAAAAGAUCAUGAGUCUACUGAAUGUCACUUGAAAAAAGAUUUCAAUGCUAAAGACACAACAACUUUUAAAGACAAUUUGCACUCAAAUGAAACAAGUACAGAAGCUGAACUGGGGCAGGAACGAAAGCAAAAAGCAGGACAAGCAACUGAUCAUGAAGCCAAAGUUAAUACAAAGAGACAAAAACAUGGCCCAGCUUUUAAACACGAGGCUAAUCCGUGCCAAAAUACUGAUUAUUCAUCCAAUACUGACUCAACGCCACUCUCGCAAACAGAUAGGUCAUCUGUACCAGCAAGUGUUAAUACCCCAAGAGCCUUGUACGACUCUGGCGGCAACCUACGUUAUGUUGGUGAAUCAUCACCUUUGUCAUUUUUAUUCGAAUGCCGCAACAUUUUUAAACAACUCAUUGGCGAAUCAUCUUUUACUAUAGAGCUGGACUCAUUUGAAGUAUUUGACGAGGCUGACGACUUUCAAGAGAUUGUUCAAGUUCCGUUACCCAAUAGAGAAACUCUAAAACAUAUUUUGGAGAUAUUCUCGGUCAAUGUUAAUGUCAAUUGCUACAUUUUUGACCCCAAACUGUAUGAAAAAAACAUUAUUGUUCCCAUAUACACCAAUUACGCGGCAUGCUCGAUUGACCAGAUUGCAAUCAUCAAUCUCACCAUAGGAGUGGGACUUCUUUAUGCCGAAAUCGCCAAACAUCCCAUUAUAUACAAAUUGCAAUCACCACAAAUGAAAUCAUCUGCAUAUUUCGAAUAUGGAAUCUACUUGACUAAGAAAUAUAUGAAUAUAGGGAAAUUGUGGAUUACUGAAGCAUUCUGUUUGGCCACUUACUACUACCAAACAAAGCAGCAAAGAAACAGCGCAUGGUUGAUGUUGGGACUCUCUAUUAGAAAUGCACAAGCAUUAGGGUUGCAUAGAAAGUACAUCAAUGAGUCAUUUAAGGACCCGCAAUACACACGACACAGGAGGAAAUUGUUUAAAAGCUUAUAUGUACUCGAUCGUAUAAUGUCUGUAUUACUAGGAAGACCAUUGAUUAUUGACGACUGUGAUUGGGAUGACUUUUCAAGUGAGGAUAUAUAUGAAAAGGAUAAGGAUGGCAACAUAAUAGAAGAUAUCCACAUGAAGGCACUCUUUGAAACUUGCAAAUUGGCAAAGAUUAUUGGCCGAGCUAUUCGAAGUUUCUACUUGGAUGGUAUAAUUAACUCGUACAAAGCUGAAAGAGUUGCGAUUGAAGUAAAACUUUGGUCAAUGCAGCUCCCAGAAUCACUACAGGUUGAUAAAGUGCUUUCUGCUGUACCUAAUAAAAAAAAUGGAACCGAGAUGGGCGCAGAGAUGGGAACAAAAACAGGAAGUGGAGAAACUCAAACAAAAUACCAAGACAACUGGGCUCACGGCAAAGAGGAUUUGAAACUUCCUUUGCUAAUGAUUCAUUUAUCCCAAUUGUAUGCCAUCACAUUAUUAUCGCGACCAUUUUACAUGUAUGUCAUAUUCAAAGAUAAAAAGGGGAAAAUAACCUUGAAAAGGCCCAAGAACCGACAGGAAAUUGCCAUGUGCAAUUUUACCAAAGCCACAGUAAAGGCUUCUAGUUUGAUUAUUCAGUUUCUGGAAUGCUACAUUGAUUAUAUCAAACUGAUGAAUAAUAGGGUUGAGACCUACGCGCUUGUACAUUGCUUAUUUAUGGCCUCAUUGAUUAUUGGUCUUACAGUGCUCUGUGUGGAGUUGAACAAAUAUAUCGACGAUGAAGGUUUCACUACAGAGAAAUUGAUGAAGCUUUUGAAUUCUUCCAAAACAAUUUUUUGCUAUUUCUCAAGAGUAAACCCAAUGUCCAAUAGGUUUUAUUUGAUUGUUGAAAAGAUGCAGGAUGCUUUGAUGUUAAAGUUCAAAAUGGAUGCAAAUGGUCACAAAAUAGAUGUUAAGAAAUCAAAGACUUCUGCGGGAGCAGGAGAAGGAGCAGAUGCAAGAGCAGGAAGUAAUAAAUCACACAAGCGAAGGUCGCUGGCAAAAACACAAAAGAGCACAGAGGAUGCAGCAGCACAUGAUGAAAUUUCAGUAGAUGCUUCAAAUCAGAAAGGACAAUUAAGCUCAUCCAAGGAAUACCGGCAAUUAUCUCAUGAUUCCAAAGCUACGUUACUUUCUCCCGCUAAUUCCACUAACACCACUUACUCCAACAUCACAAGUACUAUAUCGAACGAGCGCGAGAGUGCCACCACUACCAAUGAUAACACAUUAUUAUACAAUCAGAAGAGCAACAGAAUUAGCACCCAAAGCGCUACAAACGGUGCAAACGGUGCAAACGGCAUAAACACCAUAAACUCCAUAGGCGACACCGUUUCUGAUCCUUUAGUUGAUCUCUAUAAUUUCAAUAAGGACUAUGACAGUUUUAUAGAUUCUUUUGGUCUUCAUGUUCCCGAAAUGUCGAGCAACGAGUUUAAUACUUUUUUACAGUCACAGCUUCAGCCGUCACCUACAGAUAGCCAAAACUAUAGCAAUACCUAUUAUCGAGACAAUCUGCUGCGAAGCUCACAAAAUAUCGAUGCCAUUUAUGCUAAUAUGCAAAAUUAUGGUAGUAACAACAACAACAAUGGUAAUAACAACAUCAAUCAUAGUAACAACAGCGGCAGUGGUAUUGGUUUUGGUGGUGGUAUUGGCGUUACAGCAGACAAUAGUGUAUCUUCUUGGAAUCAGAAUGCACAUUUCAACAAUGAAGCAGAGUCAUCGACAUCACCAUUCAAGAAGGGCAAGACCAGCGGUGACAAUGUGUUUGGAUCGAAUAAUGGUAAUGAUGAUGGUAAUAACAAUAGCAAUAGCAAUAGCAACAACAGAAGGAAGAGAGGUAGGAACCAGCUUGAUGAGUUUAUGUACAAUGUUGGUUUAAAUGAUUUGCUAUUUGACUCUAAGAUAUAA